CAAGUGUUGAACGUUCGAUCGGUUGCUGAUCGGUCUGUUGGUCGAUCGACAGAUCGAUCGUAGCUAACGAAUUUGGGCAUGCGCGCGCGGCUUUCUUUACUUACCGGUAGUGCACGAAAAUAAUGAUAAUCAAAGUCCAUAUUAAUUUCAAGUGUUUUAACGACACACUUUCAUUACUCACACUUCUUAGUCGGUCCAUAGUCAUAGAAUGGUGAAAUACGAAAAACGAAAACUGCUGCCCGAUUUUGUGCGUUUCGCGGUUGUACGUGCGUGCAAAGUCGUUCAAAUUGAAAUUAAUUAAAAGUAAAAUAUAAAUAUAAAUAUAAAAUUAUGCAAACCACUGCGUGAUCGCGUGUAAUGGUGUAUACGCGGCAAAAGUUUCGUGAAAAAGAAACAAAACAAAGCAAAAAAAAGCAACAACUGCUAAAGCACGCGCCUCAUAUUCGCCCUAAAUCAGGUCCAGCCAAGAGACACGUUGGGCGCUGUGUGGCGCUGAGGCGUUCAUUUAUUUAUCCAUCGUACUGAAAACAAACGAAUAAUUAACUACAUUUGCGUGAUUAAAAUGCCGCACACAAAAUAAUCAUUGUGUGCUUGAAAUAAGUAAAAACACAAACAAAACCAUUUAAAAAAAAACAAUAAACGGAAAAUCAAAUGCCUAUGUGCUGGCUGGUGCUGCUGCUGAAUACUUUUCGCGAGCAAUAAUAAUAAUAAUAAUGUUUGCCAACGCCAGCCAUUACGAGCGCGCCCAACUAUUGGAGCGUGAGAUGCGUGACCCGCACAGUAUUUGCAAUAUCGACUGCCUUCUGGACACAGUGACUGCAUUAGUUAAUGAUUGUGAUCAUGAAUCAUUGAAGCGUCUAAAGAAUAUCGAACAGUAUGCCACCAAAUAUAAACCGGUGACGAAACAGAUUUGCCAGCUGCGCAUGAAUGUCGAUGAUUUUGAUUUUAUCAAACUGAUCGGCGCCGGUGCUUUUGGUGAGGUGCAACUGGUACGGCACAAGUCUUCGCGACAAGUAUAUGCCAUGAAGCGGCUUUCCAAAUUUGAAAUGAUGAAGCGACCCGAUUCCGCUUUCUUCUGGGAGGAACGUCACAUUAUGGCGCAUGCCAACUCAGACUGGAUAGUGCAGCUACAUUUCGCAUUUCAGGAUGCCAAAUAUUUGUACAUGGUGAUGGAUUAUAUGCCUGGUGGGGAUAUUGUCUCGCUCAUGUCCAUGUACGAGAUACCGGAGAAAUGGGCUAUCUUCUAUACAAUGGAGGUUGUACUCGCUCUGGACACAAUACACAACAUGGGGUUUGUGCAUCGCGAUGUGAAACCCGAUAAUAUGUUGCUGGAUCGGCAUGGUCACUUGAAAUUGGCUGAUUUUGGCACCUGUAUGCGAAUGGGCCCCAAUGGCUUGGUGGUGUCGAGCAAUGCUGUCGGCACACCGGAUUAUAUUAGUCCCGAAGUUUUGCAGUCGCAGGGUGUGGACAACGAGUACGGUCGUGAGUGUGAUUGGUGGUCAGUUGGCAUCUUUUUGUAUGAAAUGCUUGUGGGCGAUACCCCAUUCUACGCCGACUCACUCGUGGGCACUUACGGCAAAAUUAUGGAUCACAAGAAUUCGUUGAGCUUCCCCGCCGAGGUGGAGAUAAGUGAGAGUGCCAAAUCAUUGAUGCGUGCCUUUCUCACCGAUCGCACUCAGCGUUUAGGUCGUCAUGGCAUCGAUGAAAUUAAAGCGCAUCCGUUUUUCUCAAAUGACACAUGGACGUUUGACAAUAUACGAGAUAGCGUGCCACCGGUUGUGCCGGAGUUGUCGUCGGAUGAUGAUACACGCAAUUUCGAGGAUAUUGAGCGCGAUGAGUCGCCGGAGGAGGUGUUUCCCGUACCGAAAUCGUUCGAUGGCAAUCAUUUGCCAUUCAUUGGAUUUACGUAUACGGGCGACUACCAGUUACUCAGCAACGAUACUGUUGACGCAGAGGCAAAGGAGUCGGCAAAUGCAAUGGCAAAUCACAGUCAUCGCCACCGCCCAUCCAAUUCAAACGAAAUUAAACGUCUGGAAGCUUUGCUCGAACGUGAAAGAAAUCAUUCCGAAACGCUGGAGAAACAAGAUAAAGCUUUGCGUCAGCAAAUCGAACUGAUCACGAAACGUGAAGCUGAACUGCAACGUAUCGCCUCAGAGUACGAAAAGGACUUGGCUUUGCGGCAGCACAAUUAUAAAGUGGCCAUGCAAAAAGUCGAGCAGGAGAUUGAGCAACGCAAAAAGACUGAAGCACUGCUCGCCGAAACCCAGCGUAAUCUGGAUAACGAGCAAAAGAUACGUACGCGUGAAAUGAACAAUAAUCAGCAUCACAAUGAGAAGAUUGUAACGCUGGAGAAGCAGCUGAAGGAAAUGGAGGAUAACUUCAAGAAUGAGAAUGAGCAUGUGCAAAAGCUCAAGAAACAAGUUGCCGAAUUGGGUUUGAUACAGCAAGAGCUGGAGGGUAAAUUAGCGCAGUUACAGGCAUUGAUUGCCACGCUACAGUCGCAAAAGGACGCUUUGCAGCAAGAAGUAGCCGAAACACAAGCAUUGCUGGCCCAAGAGAAAAAUGCGCGCUCGCAAUUGAAAGAGCUGGUAAAGGAGUCUGAGAAUAAAUUACAAACUAUGUCGAAUGAUUUGGAGCGCAUGGCGCAGCGGGAGCAGCAGUCGCAUGAGGAUAAUCGUGUGCUGACAGAAAAGAUCUCCGAUUUAGAAAAGGCGAAUGCUAGUCUAGACUUUGAAUUUAAAGCCAUGCAGGGACGAUAUCAGCAGGAAGUGAAAGCACAUCAAGAAACUGAGAAGUCGCGCAUGCUUAGCCGUGAAGAGGCGAAUCUACAAGAGGUAAAAGCUCUGCAGACCAAGUUGAACGAAGAGAAAUCGGCACGUAUCAAGGCCGAUCAAAACUCGCAAGAAAAAGAACGCCAAUUAAGUAUGUUGUCGGUGGACUAUCGCCAAAUACAGCAGCGCCUACAAAAGCUUGAAGGAGAAUGUCGCCAAGAAUCUGAGAAAGUAAUGGCACUGCAGUCCCAGAUCGAGCAGGAACACAGCAAAAAGAAUUCCUUGUUAUCCGAGUUAAGCUUACAAAGUUCAGAAGUUGCACAUCUGAAAUCGCGUGAAAAUCAGCUGCAAAAGGAGGUCAGCUCUUUGCGUGAGACGAAGCGCAAAUUCGAAGAAGAGAUUGCUCAAAUCAAAAACACCUUAAAUAAGGAAAUUCUCAUGAAGCGCGAAUAUCAAGAUCAAUUGGAAGCCGAACAGUAUUUCUCACGCCUCUAUAAAACACAGGCAAACGAGCAUCGCGAAGAGAUAUCGGAGCGUUGCCGUGAAAUACAAGACCUGAAGGAGGAACGCACCUCGUUGAAGCAUCAGGUACAAGUGGCAGUGGCGCGCGCAGACUCCGAAGCGUUGGCGCGUUCAAUAGCCGAAGAAACGGUAGCUGAUCUAGAGAAAGAGAAGACAAUCAAGGAAUUCGAGUUGAAGGACUUCAUGACGAAGUAUCGCAACGAGCUAGCAGCGAAGGAAUCGGCACUUGCAGCCGCCAAGGAAACUGAAACGGAAUAUGUGAAAAAGUUGAAUCAAAAGAAUGCCGAAGCCGACGAACUGUUGCAGCAACAUAAGAAACUUCAGGAUGAAAUGUCGCAAUUGAGGGCUACAAAGGACGAAGAGCUCGCAAAGCUAAAGGAGAAACUACAAACCGAAAUGCUGCUGAAGCAGGUCGCAGUAAACAAACUGACGGAGGUGAUGAAUCGACGAGACACGGACCUCCAAAAACAAAAAGGCAAAGCGCGCUCAUCCGCCGAACUGCGUAAAAAGGAGAAGGAAAUGCGACGGCUACAACAAGAGCUCUCGCAAGAGCGUGAAAAGUACAAUCAGCUAUCGCUCAAACUUCAGGAUGUACAAAGUCAAAUCAUCGAAGAUAGCCAUAUCAAGCAAAAGCUCCAAAUGGAAAUCGACUGCAAAGCCACAGAAAUCGAACAAUUGCAGUCGAAGCUUAAUGAAACCGCCUCGUUAUCAUCAGCCGACAACGAUCCUGAGGAUACUCAGGUACUUGAUUCGGUAUUUGAGGGUUGGUUAAGUGUGCCAAAUAAGCAGAAUAUACGCCGUCACGGUUGGAAGCGACAAUAUGUGAUUGUGUCAUCGCGCAAAAUAAUUUUUUACAAUACCGAAAUCGACAAACAGAAUACAAUCGAUCCUGUGCUUAUAUUAGAUUUAAGCAAAGUAUUUCAUGUGCGUUCCGUAACGCAAGGUGAUGUGAUACGCGCCGACGCCAAAGAGAUACCACGUAUCUUCCAGCUGUUGUAUGCUGGCGAGGGUGAAGCGCGCCGACCGGACGAACAAAAUCAAUUGGAUAUUAGUCAGUUGUUGGCGGAUGAACGGCCUAGUACUAUCAUGUAUAAAGGUCAUGAAUUCGUGCAUAUAACGUAUCAUAUGCCAACUGCUUGCGAGGUCUGUCCGAAACCAUUGUGGCACAUGUUCAAGCCGCCAGCGGCGUAUGAAUGCAAGCGUUGCCGCAAUAAAAUUCAUAAGGAGCAUGUAGACAAUAACGACCCGUUGGUGCCGUGCAAGCUGCAUCACGACCCGCAUACUGCCAAAGAAAUGCUGCUGCUGGCCGGCACACCCGACGAGCAGCAUCUGUGGGUGACGCGCCUCUCCAAGCGCAUACAGAAGUUCGGCUACAAAGCAAACUCUUCAUCGAACAAUAACAGUGGCGGCGGUGACGGCAGCAAAAUAUCACCAAGCCAAUCGACUCGUUCUGCUUACAAGCCAUACGCAGUUAACGUACAAAGAUCAGCUACGCUACCAGCUAAUUCAUCAUUGAAACAGUGAUCCGCACGAAAACGCAAGAAAAAAGAAGACAAAUAUACAUACACAUAUUUACUAUAUAUUAAAAUAAAGAUUAAUUAUCAGCAAAAUCGUGUUACGUGGAGAAAUGCGUGCGCGCACAUACUGAUAUAUGCAAAUUAAAGAAAAAAUAAAAUAAUAAAAUAAAAAAUAAAAAAGUAAAAAUAAAAGCAAUAUAAAAAAAAAAUAAAAAUAAAAAUGAAUGAAUGAGUGAACGAACGUAUCAUUAACAAAAUGUUUGCAUAUCUCGAUAUAUAUACACAUAUAUAUAUAUUAGUUAUCACUAGUUUAAAACACACACAGGAACACACGCUCAUUUACUGAUAAUUUCAUUGGUAAUAUGCUGUUAUAUGUUUGCUGUUAUCGAAAUGCGUAUUGUGUAUAUAGAAAGAAGGAGAAGGAGAAGAAGAAGAAGCAGGAAAAACUAUUCCAACUGCGCGCUGUUACAUACAUACAUAUAUCUCUUCAUAUCAAUUUAAUUUAAUUUUGUUACUGCUAAUGUCUUGAGACAAAGUACUUGUUUGUUUAGCGCGUCAUAUCACCUUUUCCGCCAAAUUACCAUUACAUUCUUCCUGUAUGCUAACUUUAUAUACAUAUGAAGAACGAAAACGAAGUAUAUAUACACAUAUGUCAGUGUUUAUGUAAGCUUAAUUUUUACACAUUUAUUAUUAUUACUACUUUAUUGAACUAAUAUUUCGUAACUAAAUACAUAAAUGAAAUUAGAUUUUAAGUAAUCCGCUUUUGUAACUAAAACGUUUAGAGACGACUAUAGCUGUGAGAGCGUAUGCUAAAAAGGUAUGAAAAAUAUUUAGAAAAAAAUGUGAAGAUUAUAUGAAAACAAUUGCCCACUAUCGCAUACAAAUAAAAAUAAAAAACCAAUAACUUUUACAAA